CAUUAUUUUUUGUCAUUAAAAGGGUAUUGAAAAAUUAUGCAAUCGAGGCUGCUGUUGACACAGGCCUAUGCAUGAGAGAAGGUUUUGUGAGAUACGAAUCUAUUCUUCGAGAUGGAGCGAAUUGAGUAUGAUAUGGAUACUUCAGGUGGAAUAAUGGAGCAAAUCCAGGCCAUUAUUGCUCCACCACAUUCAGCAGAGGAGAGGCGAAGAUACAUAAAAGAAAAAGAGCAGAAGGAACAGUCUCACUCAAGGAAGUAUGGCAAUCGAAAUGGUGGAAGGACAGUGAAUAGAGAUUGCUGUGAUAGCUGUCGAGAGGGAGGUGACCUGCUUUGCUGUGACAGAUGUCCUGCUUCCUUCCAUUUCCAGUGCUGUAACCCUCCAUUAGAAGAAGAUGACAUUCCCACGGGCGAGUGGAUAUGCAACGAAUGCAAAGCUGCCUUAAAGCAGGAAAAACAACCAAACAAGGAGGGAUCUAAAGAGGAAACUAAAGCCCAAGAACCGAUUACGUCACAGUCAGUGGUAAACAAACCAGAGCAAGUCUUCCCUUUUCUUGCCAAGCUGCUCAAAGAUAAGAAUCCAAAGGAAUUUGAGCUUCCGCUGGAGUUGCAAGAUUUCACGGUGUUUCCUGGAGACAGAAAGCAAAAGACCCAGAAACAAACUGAAAACGGAAAAAGUGGCAAAAGAGACGAGAAUGAAGAAUACUUUGAGAAGCUUUGCUUUGCAUGCUCCAGAUCAACAUCACCCAACUCCAUGGCAGCAUGCGAUUUUUGUCCUCUUGUAUUCCACGUCGACUGCUUGCACCCUCCCAUGGUGUCCCCACCAGCAAGUUUAUGGAUGUGCCCCAAUCACCCCGAACAGUAUGAGCCCUUGGUAAAAGACCCAAGAUACAGUGUGCGAAUGGAUGCAUCCGAUGGAAUGCGUAAAAACAUCAAUCAAAAUGCUAUCGUCUUAAACUUCUUACGUCAGGCAAAGAGAGAAAGAAUCCUUUCGAACAGGCGACGGAAGCUUCAGCGGAGAAUGAUUGUCCCCAAUGCCAUUAAAGAAGAAUACAAAAACCCUACGGUUCUCAGGUUACCUUUUCAUAUCAGGAGUAUGAUGGAGCCAUUACCACCAUAUGCCAAGCCUAUCAAAUUACCCUCAAAAUCAGAGCAAGAGAAGUGGUUAAAAUCUCUAGUCGCACUUCAGUGUGACAUUGUAUAUGAAAUGGCAAAAGCCUCGGUGCCUACAAGAGUCAGCUCCGUGAAAGUACCGCAAAAGGAGGGCGCAAAGGAAGAGGUGAAAGGGGAACCAAAGGGGGAGUCUAAGGGGGAGUCUAAAGGGGAGCCAAAGGGGGAGUCUAAGGGGGAGCCAAAGGGGGAGCCAAAGGGCAUCAAGAGUGCUGAGAUAAAGACAGUCGAAAAAACAGUUGAGGAUUCAGCAGAAAUGUCGUUGGAAGCAAACGAAAAAAUGCUACUCGAAGACGAAAGUGAAGAAGAUGUUGAAAUGAAAGAUGAAAGCUUUAAACCGACGCUAAGCAAGAUUUCCUCUGCUGAACCAAUUGAAGCAUCUUCAGAUAAAGUAUCUACAGCUAUCAAAAGUGAAGAUAGCGUUAUUUCUAAAGAGAAAACAGAACAGCCUAAAGCAGCGGCUGUAUCAGGUAGCAAAACGGUCACAAGUGGGCCAUCGCAAAAGAUCAUUAUCCUAGCAACUCAACCGGCAUCAAAAUCAUCAGGGACUACGUCAGAGUAUCCUUCGCCAUCCAUUCCAACAUCCCAGGGUGACAGCACGACUAUAUCCUCGAGUGCACCAAGUGCAAAAUCAGUUGUAAUCAAGAGUUCGUCUCACGGGCAGACAUUGCCGACUACCGGAACAUCGUUUGUGAGCAGCAUAACAACUGAUUCAUUGCAAGAUCCACUACUAUCUCAGUUGGAUUCAAGAUUAGUCAAGGUUCUUGCUUUUCAGAGACUGCAACAGCUACUCGGCCAGUCAAAGGCACCUCAAGCGCCCAACAAAAAAAUAACAGCAGCUGAUAUCCAAGAAAUACUGGCAAGCAACCCGCCUCGAGGUCGCUCUAUAGCAGCCCUGUGUCCGCUUAACAACACGCAGACGAUGCAGAUGGUAAACAGGUCGAUCGAUAUCGGACAGGGUUCCGACAACGAUGUGACCCUAGCCCAACACGGACACUGCAACUUCAUAUCAAGCAAGCAUGCCUGCAUAUUUUUCGAUGAGGAGACGAGACAGUUCGAGUUACUGAAUUACAGUGAGCAUGGAACGAUUGUCGACAACGUGCUGUACUCAUGCGACUUCUCUGACAAACCAAACAAACACAUUACAUCAACCAGCGCAAGAAUGGACCAGAGCUCAAAAGGGCAGGAAAACAGCAAGAAACCGCCAACGCAUCGUACAACCAGGGGCCACGGCGUUCAAAAAAUAGUCAACCCUUGUGGCUGUAGGACCAGUGGCUCGAGUUUGAUCGGUGGGAGCGGUGCAGGCUGGGAAGGGACUGCUGUGCUUCACCAUGGCAGCUUCAUCAAAUUUGGCUGCUUGCAUUUUGUGUUUAGCGUUGCAGAAGCUGCAACCAGGAAAGUGCAGCAAGACAGUCUCAAAGUGAAGUAGUCUCGAAGUGAAGUAGUCUUAAAGUGAAGUAGUCUUGAAGUGAAGUAGAAUUGACUGCUUUUAACUGUGUCAAUAUGCCCAUAGUAAUUUUGUAAGUAUGAAGUCGUAAAAUUUAGUGUAUUUGAAUAACAAAUUUAUUUAGAUGGAUAAUUAUCAUUCCUAGUUCUUCAUUUCCCAAAAUGUUUCUUUUUUAAGCUGAUCUACAGUCCACGCAUAAGAUUACUGAAGUAGAAAGGCUUUACAAAGAUAAUGAUUGGUUGUCUUAAUUUCAUAAAAAGCGCUUAAUUUUUAUUAUUUCUUUUUAAACCAGCUUUAAAAACCCGCCUGUUUCCUGUUUGUUCUAAGAAAUUUCAUCGAAGCAUGAUGAAAUUGAUUAGCUAUCAAUCUGAACCAAUGAUACUUAAUGACACAGCGUUCGUUUAUGCAACAUUUGAAAGUCAACAAUCGUUUCACAACCAACAAUCGUUUCACAACCAACAAUCGUUUGAU